AUGCGCGCGAACGCCGACACUCGACUGGCGUACGCGCGCGUCGAGCUCGUGCCGUAUCGCGCCGAACACGUCGAGCGUUACCACGCGUGGAUGUCCGACGAGCACCUCCUGGAAGCCACGGCGAGCGAGCGCCUGAGCGCGGACGAAGAGCUCGCCAUGCAGCGCGAGUGGGCGCGCGACGAGCGAAAGUGCACCUUCAUCGUCCGCGACGCCGCGACGCACGCGAUGAUCGGCGACUGCAACCUCUUCUUCAACGACCACGACGACGACAGGGCGUGCGAGAUCGAGAUAAUGAUCGCCGAGCGCGCGUUCAGGCGGCGCGGGCUCGCGCGCGAGACGCUCGAGGCGUUCACCGCGUACGGCGCGUGUUCGCUCGGCGUCACCACCUUCGUCGCGAAGAUCGGGUUCGGCAACGACGCGUCGAACGCGUUGUUUAAAUCGUUCGGUUUCGUCGAGCGGAGUCGAAGCGAGGUGUUCGAGGAGACGACGUACGCGCUG